CCGCCUCGCACCCCGGUCCGCGCCCGCCGCCCUCCGCCCAGGACGGGGGUGCCACGAUGCCCCGCCGCUGCGCAGGGCCCCGGGCCGCCCCCGACGUGUGACCCCAGCCGGGUGCCCCUGCUCGGCCGGCCGCCCGGCCCGGGGACGCCCCCGGCCCGGGCCCCGGGGGCGGAGGCGGAGGCCGCCGCCGGGAGGGGCAUGUCCGGCCCCGGGAGCGCCAGCCCCCCGGGCUCCGCGGCGCCCGCGCCCCGGGGAGGCCCGGAGCACCGCGCGGCGUGGGGGGACGCCGACCCCCGCGCCAACGGCUGCCCCCACGGCCCCGGGGGCGCGCCGGCCGCGCAGCCGCGCCUGGCCGGCCGCUGGCGCGGCGACGACGGCGGCGGCGGCGGCGGCGACCCCCUGGCCGGGGGCUUCGGCUUCAGCUUCCGCUCCAAGUCGGCCUGGCAGGAGCGCGGCGGCGGCGGCGGCGGCGACCCCCGUGGCGGGGGCGGCCCCGAGGGCCGGCCGCGCGCGGGGCCCGAGCCGGGCCCGGCCGACGCGCGGGCCCGGGGCCGCGGCCCCGGGGACCCCGAGGCCGGCGCCGUCGAGGCCCGCGCGGGGCCCGGGGAGGCGGGCGCGGGCGCGGCGCUGGGCGCCUGCUGCCUGGCGCUGCUGCACAUCUUCCGCUCCAAGAAGUUCCCCUCGGACAAGCUGGAGCGCCUGUACCAGCGCUACUUCUUCCGCCUGAACCAGAGCAGCCUGACCAUGCUCAUGGCCGUGCUGGUGCUCGUGUGCCUCGUCAUGCUGGCCUUCCACGCCGCGCGGCCCCCGGUCCGGCUGCCCUACCUGGGCGUGCUGGCGGCCGCCGUGGGCGUCAUCCUGGUCAUGGCCGUGCUCUGCAACCGCGCCGCCUUCCACCAGGACCACAUGGGCCUGGCCUGCUACGCGCUCAUCGCCGUGGUGCUGGCGGUCCAGGUGGUGGGCCUGCUGCUGCCCCAGCCACGCAGCGCCUCCGAGGGCAUCUGGUGGACCGUGUUCUUCAUCCACACCAUCUACACGCUGCUGCCCGUGCGCAUGCGGGCCGCCGUCCUCAGCGGGGUCCUGCUGUCCGCGCUGCACCUGGCCAUCGCCCUGCGCGCCAACGCCCAGGACCGCUUCCUGCUCAAGCAGCUCGUCUCCAAUGUGCUCAUCUUCUCCUGCACCAACAUCGUGGGCGUCUGCACCCACUACCCGGCAGAGGUGUCUCAGCGACAGGCCUUCCAGGAGACCCGAGAGUGCAUCCAGGCACGACUGCACUCGCAGCGGGAGAACCAGCAGCAGGAGCGGCUGCUGCUGUCCGUCCUGCCCCGCCAUGUUGCCAUGGAGAUGAAGGCAGACAUCAACGCCAAGCAGGAGGAUAUGAUGUUCCACAAGAUCUACAUCCAGAAGCACGACAAUGUGAGCAUCCUGUUUGCCGACAUUGAGGGCUUCACAAGCCUGGCGUCCCAGUGCACUGCCCAGGAGCUGGUCAUGACGCUCAACGAGCUCUUCGCCCGCUUCGACAAGCUGGCUGCGGAGAAUCACUGUCUGCGCAUCAAGAUCCUGGGGGACUGCUACUACUGCGUGUCGGGGCUGCCCGAGGCCAGGGCGGACCAUGCCCACUGCUGCGUGGAGAUGGGCAUGGACAUGAUCGAGGCCAUCUCGUUGGUCCGGGAGGUGACGGGGGUGAACGUGAACAUGCGCGUGGGAAUCCACAGCGGGCGAGUACACUGCGGUGUCCUUGGUCUCAGGAAGUGGCAGUUCGACGUCUGGUCUAACGACGUCACGCUGGCCAACCACAUGGAAGCUGGAGGCAAAGCGGGGCGCAUCCACAUCACCAAGGCCACCCUCAACUACCUGAACGGGGACUACGAGGUGGAGCCGGGCUGUGGGGGCGAGCGCAACGCCUACCUCAAGGAGCACAGCAUCGAGACCUUCCUCAUCCUCAGCUGCACGCAGAAGCGGAAAGAAGAGAAGGCCAUGAUUGCCAAGAUGAAUCGCCAGAGAACCAACUCCAUCGGGCACAACCCGCCGCCCUGGGGGGCCGAGCGCCCCUUCUACAACCACCUAGGCGGCAACCAGGUGUCCAAGGAGAUGAAGCGCAUGGGCUUCGAAGACCCCAAGGACAAGAACGCUCAGGAAAGUGCAAACCCUGAGGAUGAAGUGGACGAGUUCCUGGGCCGCGCCAUCGACGCCCGGAGCAUCGACAGGCUGCGCUCGGAGCACGUACGCAAGUUCCUGCUGACCUUCAGGGAGCCUGACCUAGAGAAGAAGUACUCCAAGCAGGUGGAUGACCGAUUCGGUGCCUACGUGGCGUGCGCCUCGCUCGUCUUCCUCUUCAUCUGCUUCGUCCAGAUCACCAUUGUGCCACACUCUCUCUUCAUGCUGAGUUUCUACCUGACCUGUUUCCUGCUGCUCACCUCAGUGGUGUUCGUGUCUGUGAUCUACUCCUGCGUGAAGCUGUUCCCCAGCCGGCUGCAGGCCCUGUCCAGGAAGAUUGUGAGGUCCAAGACGAACAGCACUCUGGUUGGGGUGUUCACCAUCAUCCUGGUGUUCCUGUCGGCUGUCGUCAACAUGUUCAUGUGCAACUCGGGUGACCUGUCCGGCUGCCUCGCCGCAGAGCGCAACAUCAGCAGUGCCCAGGUCACCGCCUGCCACGUGGCGGCCGACAACUACAGCCUGGCCGACGAGCAGGGCUUGUGCGGCAGCCCCCGGCCCACCUGCAACUUCCCCGAGUACUUCACCUACAGCGUGCUGCUCAGCCUGCUGGCCUGCUCCGUGUUCCUGCACAUCAGCUGCAUCGGGAAACUGGCGCUCAUGCUGGCCAUCGAGCUCGUCUACGUGCUCAUCGUGGAGGUGCCCAGCGUCACGCUCUUCGACAACGCCGACCUGCUGGUCACCGCCAACGCCAUAGACUUCAGCAGCAGCAACAACAACGGGACCUCCCAGUGCCCUGAGCACGCUACCAAGGUGGCGCUGAAGGUGGUGACGCCCAUCAUCAUCUCCGUGUUCGUGCUGGCCCUCUACCUGCACGCCCAGCAGGUGGAGUCCACCGCCCGCCUCGACUUCCUCUGGAAACUCCAGGCCACGGAGGAGAAGGAGGAGAUGGAGGAGCUGCAGGCCUACAACCGGCGCCUGCUGCACAACAUCCUGCCCAAGGACGUGGCCGCGCACUUCCUGGCGCGGGAGCGGCGCAACGACGAGCUCUACUACCAGUCGUGCGAGUGCGUGGCCGUCAUGUUCGCCUCCAUCGCCAACUUCUCCGAGUUCUACGUGGAGCUGGAGGCCAACAACGAGGGCGUGGAGUGCCUGCGGCUGCUCAACGAGAUCAUCGCCGACUUUGACGAGAUCAUCAGCGAGGACCGCUUCAAGCAGCUGGAGAAGAUCAAGACCAUCGGCAGCACCUACAUGGCCGCCUCGGGCCUCAACGACUCCACCUACGACAAGGCGGGCAAGAGCCACAUCAAGGCGCUGGCCGACUUCGCCAUGAAGCUGAUGGACCAGAUGAAGUACAUCAACGAGCACUCCUUCAACAACUUCCAGAUGAAGAUCGGGCUCAAUAUCGGCCCGGUGGUGGCCGGGGUGAUCGGGGCACGGAAGCCUCAGUACGACAUCUGGGGCAACACGGUGAAUGUGGCCAGCCGCAUGGACAGCACCGGCGUGCCCGACCGAAUCCAGGUCACCACAGACAUGUACCAGGUGCUGGCCGCCAACACCUACCAGCUGGAGUGUCGGGGUGUGGUGAAGGUCAAAGGCAAGGGCGAGAUGAUGACCUACUUCCUCAACGGAGGGCCCCCGCUCAGCUAGCCGCCGGCCCCUGCUGCAGGCCGCCAGGCUUCCUCGGAAAUGGAAACGGCUUCUCUGUGCGCCUCGGGGGACGGGCAGGUGGGGUGGCCCUGAUGGGGUCUCCACUCAGACUCCAGUAGCAGAUCCUGCCUUGGUGGGAGUAAGGGGGUGUGGACGGCAGCUUCUGGCCAGGUCCAGGGGUGCCAGCGUCCUGCGAGCCCCAAGCUGACCAAAGAUGUUUCCUCUGUCAAAGGCGCUGCCUGACUCGAUCUGGUCUUGAGUACUGGGUGGGUGCUGAGGCGUGUGGGGAGGACCUGGUGGCAGGGAGGCC